GGCAAAGAUGAGGGAAAGGAAUUUUCUAAAGACGAUUCUUUUGACUGAUAUCAUAAGUUGGGGAGCUGGAUAUAGAAUGGAGACAUAUUAGGCUGAAGCCGUUCAUUUUAUCGGUUUCCAGCUGCAGAGCCGUUGGCGACACGCGUGGAUGGGCGGGCAGCCUCCGCAAAGUUGGCAUUCUUGGCAGGAUCCACUUUUGACUUCACCUCAUGGCACCUUCCCGACCCCGGCGACCCCGGCCCUUCGACCUCCGGCCCCAUCGCCGAGAACAUGAUCAGAGGGCGGGAGCCACAAAGGUCUACUAGUAAGUUUACACAAAAUGCCAGGAGAUGGGCGCAAUGAAAAGCUGCGACGGCGAAAGAUCCCGCUGGCCUGUGAGCCUUGCCGCGAACGAAAGUCUCGCUGCGACGGAGGGAAGCCGAUCUGCUCGACCUGCCAACGUCGGUCUUUGCCUCUGGCACACUGCAUCUACACCAUCGAGAAUGCGCGUACAGCCAGCAAUGAAGUAUACAUCAAAACCCUCCAUGAGAGGAUCCGUCAACUGGAGCGCCUCUGUGUGGAGAACGGGAUCCCGACUCCCCCGAUAACAUCCAGCCCCACACCGCGAUCCGCUACUGGUUCAGGUCAGUUGGAUUCCCCCCAGCGGCCAUCUCCCUCUCUCUUUGAACAGUCCAUCAUUGUUGCCGCUCCUUCUCAUCCGGAAUCCCAACACCAAAGUGCGAUCCGUCCAUCACUGAAUGAUCCCGGUCCCAGUCACGGGCGCGAUCACCGAGCACCGAGUCGGGGUCCGGGUCCGGCAGCCAUUUCACCACCACCACCACCACCACCACCACCUCCGCGCCACAUGCCCGUUCUUUCACCAGCCGAACGGCUUGAGGGAGCAUCUGAACUGGUUGGCGCAAUAACAGCUAUGGGAGCCGUCUCUACCGAAAAAGAUGCUAGCCAUACAUUUGACGCCACCGACGAUUUCUAUGGCAGUUCCUCGGCUGCCUCUUUCAUGAAGGAAGCUAGCAACUUCGUCAAGAAGAACCCCACACAUCGCAUUCCAGAUAUCGAUGUCCUACCGACACAGAUGCCACACUUUGCGACUUACAAUUCCCUCCAUUGCAAAGGUGAUUUGGGCAUUUCCACACGCAUGCAGUUCGCCCAGGCCGACAAGUUUGCAUUACCUACACGGGCUCUGGCCGACCAUCUCCUCAAGCGCUACUUUGAGAGGGUAUACUGGUUGUAUCCCGUCUUCCAUAAGCCCUCCUUUGAGCGAACGUACGAGAGUCUGUGGAGACCCAACCAUGGGCAUCCUACUGAGCCACUAUCCCCUCCCGGUCUUGGCCUUGGGAGUUCUCCGGGAGCGGAUGCCAGCACUAUUGUGUUUCAUUUCGCUCUCAACACCAUCUUUGCUUUAGGUUGCCAGUUCUCUGAUCUCAGUCCCGAUGGCAAGGCUUCCGCGCUACAGACCUAUUUUGACCGAGCAAAGGCGUUCGUCAGUCUCGAUCUGCUUGACCUCAACAACAUUGGGGUUGUCCAAGCCCUGUUACUUAUGACCAUAUUCUUGUUAGGCACACCCUUUCCUCAGAGAUGUUGGAACUCCGUUGGUGUAGCCUGCCGACUUGCUCAGGGGCUUGGACUCCACACAGAGGCGAGUCAGUCGACUCGUAUUAUCCGGUCCGACCUGGAGAAGGAGAUACGGAGGAGGACAUGGCAUGGCUGUGUCAUCUUGGACUUGACCGUCAGCAUGACCUACGGGAGGCCCACCAUGACUGCUCAUCUUGAUGCGCUGGCAUUACCGUCCAUUGCCGAACUUGACGACGGAGAGCCUGACCGCCAGAAUAGCCCUUCGUCGGAUAGUGUGCCGUCAAAGAUGUACUUCUACCUCGAACAUAUCCAGCAAUGCCACAUCAUGGGAGAGAUUCUGUCCACCGUCUACCAGUCACCUUUAGGCCGGCCAACCAAUUUACAGGACCCAUCGAGUAGUGAUCAAGCUACCCACGGCCUCGAUGCCAUCCUCGCGCUCGACGAGAAGCUUUCACGAUAUGAGAGAUCCGUGAAUCCCAUCAUGUCCUGGAGCACGCCGACCGACCUCAUGGUGGUGGAACUGGAGAGAAGACAAGUUAUUGUCACCCAGCGGACUGUGCUCCAUGGAAACUUUCUCUACCUACGCCUGAUGCUUCAUCGCCCUAUUCUGUUACAGUUAUGCAUGGAUACCGUGUCGAACUCGACCAGUGACUCUAGCUCCCCGACAAAGAAAAAUUUGCCUAACGUCAGACGGGCCCUUUAUAUUUCGUUCGCUGCCGAGUGUGCCAGAAUCUGCAUAACGGCAGCCAUCGAUUUGCUUGAGUUGGUACAUAGUACCUACCGGACGAAUACAACUGGCGGAUGGUGUUGGGAUGCACUUUAUGCCUUCACAGCCGGGAUAGUUGUUAUUUUGGGACAACUUUGUCCGGCACCAUCGUCAGCAUCGGAACAACAACGCCUCGACCGGUCCUGGGCCUUAUGUCAAGAGGUUCUAGGGCACUUUGCUUCGUUUAGCAUCUCUGCGCACACAUCUCUAGAACACUUGCGAAAGUUUCAUGGGAAUAUGGUUUCCCGACUAUCAGAUAAAACUGGCGGAGAAUCUUCGAUGACCGAAAGAGGAUCAACAUCUUCAGCUAUCAACGAAACUUCCGUCCCAAACACAGGCUCGACAUCAGGGCCUAGGUCCCAUCCAUUCGGACAAGGAUAUCAGCUCAAUGCUCCGCUAGAUCUGGGAAGCAAUCCCUUCUGGCAGCCUCCUGGCGGCGCUCCAGAAUAUGGAAUGGCUGGCGGUUCUCUCUUGAACUGGGACCCGAAUCUUGAGGACUUUAUUAUGGACAAUUUCCAGUGACCAGGUUCCGUUGGCUUAGAGUACAAAGUUGGACAAUAAGCCCUUGCAAUUACCAGCAGCUCCCGGUGACAGACAACAGUGUUCGUAUACUGCACUUAAACCUCUGC